ACGGUGCCGGUGAGCAGAAGGUUGCGACCACAGCCACACACAGCAGAAGAAGACCAGGAGCACAGCGGGAGGAUAACAGGUGAAGGGAUAUGGGUUCACCUCAACCUUGCUGACCUUCACCGGUGAUUGGCUCCUUCAGCCACUGGUCAACAUGCAGGGAUUUUACUCCAAGCUGGACUCCUCCUCGUCCCCGCUGUUGGGGGUGGGGCUGGGGGGGGACGCCCGCGUGCCGCUGAGCCUGGCGGUGGAGGCGGAGAAGGCUCAGGCCCUGCUGCAGACCUUCAGCUCGGCCUCCCUGCUGGCCUCGGCCGGCCUGGGGGUCUUCUGCGUGGUGGCCGACCACGCCCUGCAGCUGUCGGUCAUCCAGCAUCACCUGUGGCUGCGCGCCGCCCUGGACAACGCCACGCACGGCCUCAUCGGCCUGUGGUCGUGGGCCGUGGUCAUCGGACUGAGGAAAAAGAGCGAUCUGUACGAAGUGCUGCUGGCAGGCCUCUUGGCGUCGAUCAUAGACCUGGACCACUUCUACAUGGCUGGAUCCCUGUCGCUAAAGGCCGCCGUGUCCCUGCCUCAGCGCCCCCCCCUCCACUGCUCCUCCGUCAUCCCCGUGAUCUGCCUCAGCCUGCGCUUCCUCAUGUGGAUCGGCCGGCUCAAAGACGCCUGGUGCUCUCUGCCCUGGAUGCUCUUCAUCUCCAUGGCGACGCACCACGUCCGGGACGCGGUGCGCCACGGCCUGUGGGUGUGCCCGUUCGGCAACACGGCGCCCGUCCCCUACUGGCUGUACGUCAGCACCACCGCCACGCUGCCCCACCUGUGCUCCGUGCUCAUGUACCUGACCGGCACCCGGGACGUCAUCUCCACCAAGCACGGCGUGGCCAUCGACGUUUAGACGGGGCCGGCCGGAGGGUGACGUCCAUUAGAGAGGCCGAUCGGAUCACGUCUGGGUGAAAUUGUUCCGUUUUAAAAAAACAAACAACAAAAAAAACAUUUAAACACCUUUUGAAGAAAAUAUUUACAGCACUUGAAAGGUGGAGAGAUUUUUGAAAAAUGUUUCAGAAAAUCCACAGUCUGGUUUAAAAAAAAAAAAAAAAAAAUUCCAAGAACAAUAACAUCCGUCCAGUAAAGGGAAAUUUCUAUAAGGGUGCUUCCCUUUGUGGUGGUCAGGAUCCAAGAACGGGCAGCCAUCCCUGACAGCCCCGGAUACGGGGGACUCGGAAAACACAAUCCCUGAUCCCCACCAGUCAGUCUCCACUUUUCCUGUCUCUGUCCGGGCUCGGAACACUUCAGGAGAAGUUGACCGAAGGGCGACCACAGGCCGUAAGGCACUGAGGCGCGUUGGGAGGCUUUUGUCACAGCGAACUGCUUUUCACAUUCCACAGGAUGACAGAUCCACAAUAAAUGACCACAAAACAGCCUGUGAUAUCCACCUGUCCCCUCUCUGCAGAAUCAUCCUGCUGCUCAGAGGACUUACUGUCUUAAUCAGUAAUAACUUCUCCUUUUUAGGCUUUUUUUUUUUUGUUUGUUUUUUUUUUGUUUUUGUGCAAAUCAGCCUUCUCAGUGCCAACCGUGUCCUCCUCAGACACGGAUCAGGAAGACAAAGCGAACAUAAAUGUCCUUUUUUUUGUUUCGUUUUCCCUUGUUUGCACCUAAAAUUUCCACAACUUGGCGAGUUGUCGCUAUAGUUAGUUUUAGGUUCCACAAAAAAAAAAAAAAGGUAAGUUCGCUGCUAGCUGGUCAGAGCCACCCGAGUUGUGGCGUCCUGCUGUGAUGGAGCGACACUUUUUGUGAAGAGCUGAAUUAACUUGCCGUUUAUUGUGCCAGUAAAGCUUUUAAAUUAUUAUUAUUUUGAUUGAAGCUGGAUUUUCAGUGUGGACACAGGAGCUGUAAGAGGACAUGAACCGUUUUGUUCAUUACAAUCAGUUGCUUACGUCGUUUAGAAAAUUUAAAAACAAACAUUCACUAACACGCAUUUAGAGGUUUAGAGUUAUUAGUGUCAUAGAUG